AUGACGACACCAGCCGAGAAGCUGACAGACAAGACUGCUGCAAUCACAAAGAAUGUUUGCAAGCGUCACAAGCUCACCAAAGCCGAGACACUACAAGUUCUAAACAUCGCGCCCUCUUCAGAAGUCGAGAUACAUCUGAUAGUUGAGGAGGCAGAGGAGAGAUUAGACCCUGUAGCAUUCUUGGAGGAGUUGAAGGCUGCUCUAGGUAGUGCAACCAAGAGAGUCGAUGUGUAG